AUGGCAGCAAGACCUAGACGACAACGUGUGAGUUUGGAAAAUAGAGAGUGCUUGAUAAGAGCAUUCAAUGGUCCAGCCCAAGAUUAUCUUUCUGUUGCUGAUACCAUCGGCGUUAACCGCUCGACAGCGAGAGGGAUAGUCAGACGACAUUUGCAAGAAGGACAGAUAGCUGAAAGACCACGAGGCGGCCCCAACCACAGGAAAGUUGAUAAUGAAAUGAAGCAAUGCAUUGAAGAAAUUCUGAACGAGAACCCUGUUCUCACUCUUGAUGGCAUAAACCGAUUGCUUCAGGAAAGAUUGCCUGAUAAGCCCCGAAUACAUUCACGGACAGUUGGAAAGGUAUUGAAUGGUAUGCUAUACACAUUCAAACUUGUUCGGCGAUGCCCUGCAGAAAGAAACAGACCUGACGUUAUCCAAAGCAGACGCGAUUAUGCAGCGUGGUUUUUGGGAGAAGCGAUCCAGAGGCAAAUCGUGUUUAUUGACGAAUGCGGUUUUAAUGUCUGGACGGCGAGGAGUCAAGGCAGAGCCCUUCGAGGAGAUAGAGCAUAUCGCCAAGUGUCAGGACAAAAAGGACGCAACAUCAGCAUUAUUCUUGCAGUUUCUUCCACAUUUGGCCUUGUGCAUCACUCAAUGCACAUAGGAGGCACAAACAGAGAUCGGUUUCAGGUAUUUCUAGAUGAAUGUGCUCAAAAUGUGGCGGGUAACGAGACGGUUUUUAUUUAUGACGGUGCACCAGCUCAUCGGGGAGCUGUAAGUAUGCUGAAGAAAUCUCGCUACGGAUGCUACCACCAUAUUCCCCUUUUCUCAACAUCGUCGAGAAUGCCAUAA